UUUAAGAACGUGGAUUGUGUCGGUUCGGAAGUAGAACGUCUUUGUGGAAUGUUUACACUCGUUCCUAGGGCAACCGUGACAACAAUUCACUCGAACGCCAACAGUGACGUCACCGAUCCGGCGCAAAACAACCCGUUGAACGAUUCCAUCUCUGGAUCAAAUGACGGGUGUUCACAUAGACCCGAGCCGGGCUCCGGUCGCCUUUGGGCGGUUGGCCAUCCCGGAGCUGUUCGCCCAGCUGGAGGAGCCCGACGCCACCAGGAGGCUGCAGGCCCUCGCGUCCCUCUGUGACCUCACCCACGACCCGGAGCGACUUUACCAAGUGGUCAGUGAAGGUUUUCUGGAUCAGUUGGAGGUUCUAUUGAAGGACGAAGAUCCAGCAGUCAGGACCAGAACCUGCGAGCUGCUGCAUCUUACCACCAGCCACAACAUCGCGAGACAAGCCCUUCUGUCCUCGCCUCUUCUGGCCCGUCUGUCUCAGCUGCUGGAUGACCCGUGCCCACUCUGCAGGACACGUGCCCACCGCGUAAUAAAUAGCCUGGCGCUGCUGCCUGCAGGCGCUAAAGAUUUGCAGGCUCUGGUUCCCAAGUUGAUGCUGAAGCUGCAGGAGGAGCAGGAGGAAAAGCAGGAGGAGGUGCAAGCCCUGCUGCUGUCCACGCUCAGCUGCUGCUCUCGGCUGGACGCCGGCCCAGCCCUGUCACACCGCGGCGUCACGCUCAUCGGCAAAAAGCUGUCGCAUGCCUGUUCCAACAUCCGGAGGGAGGCGGCUGCAGCCAUGAUGGCGCUCAGUGUUCCAGUGGAGGGCAAACGUCAGGUGUGCGAGGCGGCAGUUCUUCCCGUCCUGGCAGACCUUCUACGGGACCAGGAUGUGAAUGUGCAGGCCAACGCCGCUGGUGCCAUCAUGAACACGGUGGUCAUCACCACAGGUAAGCAUCAAUGUUUGGAACUAGAUGUCCUCCCAGUCCUGCUGCAACUUCUCUCAGAGCGCAAACAGGACGUAGAAGAGGAACAAAGGAGGAAGGCGCUGGUCCUUUACUCCCUAAGAGCUCUCACCUCAUUGGCUGAGGCUCCAGAGGGGCGUCGCCGCCUGCUACUGCAGCUUCCCCUGCUGGUGGGGAGGAGCGAGCUCCCUGAGGAGGAUCCCGACAUUCGUCGUGCUGCUCGGACCGCAAUCAACGUUGUCACUUGGACGCCCUGAUCAAGUCUGGCUAACCACUUUCCAAAAGGAAACACCAAUCACAUUUUGAUCAUUGCUAUUGCUAACAUAGCUUAUGCCACUAAGCUGAUUUUAGCGGUUGCUUAAGUGUCCUUCAUAUUGCCAUGGAAACAGUUCAUCAUGAGUCAUGAAACAACAAUGUCACAUGAUCAUACAUGCCGUUGCUUAUGCUAAAAUGCCAAGAUAGUGUUAGCUUAUUUAUAGCAUCGUGACCUUCCUCAUGUUGCUAUGGAAACAAUAUUUAUCACAAAGAUCAUAUGAGGUCAACUUGUGAACUUAAACCAAGUCACUACGAACACGCACAUACACAUAUUUUAGCUCAGGUGUAGCGAACCCUGGUCUUACGAGAGUCAUCCUCUCGCAGGACCACGGUUCCCGACUCCAUCUGCUUUAGGUGAAUCACCACAUAUGGACAAUUUUCUUUUCAUCCAAUAAAAGUAUUUCUUUGCCA